GCGGGUCGCGCGGGGCCUGGCAGUGCUGCCCAGCGCCCCGCGCCGCUGGCAUGAUGGAGCCGCCGCUCUCCGCGCCGGGCGGGCCGGCGCUGCCCGUGUGGAAGCGGGAGAUCCUGGAGCGGAAGCGGGCCAAGCUGGCGGGGCCGCCCGCGGGCGGGGAGCCGGAGCCGGAGCCGGGCGGCGGGGGCCGGGCGGGCCCGGCGCCCCCGGAGGAGCGGCUGGUGCUGGCCGACAGCCUGGGCCCGCUGCGCGAGAACCCCUUCAUGCGGCUGGAGAGCGAGCGGCGGCGGCUGCGGCAGGGGCUGCCCGGGGGCGGGCGGCGGGGCGCGGGGCGGCCGCUGCAGGAGCUGCUGGAGUUGUACAGCGCCGUGCCCGGCAUCCGCACCAUCCGCGCCGACAACAUCCUCAUCAUCGAGUCCCAGCCCGACGCCGACGCCGCCUGCUUCGCGGCCGGGGAGGGCGCCCGGGACCCGCUGCCUGCCGCCUCGCCGCGGGGCUGCGACCCGCUCCGGGACCUGCUGGCCCGCAAGGGCUCGGCGCUCACCGAGAUCCGCGCCGCCCAGGUCUUCGUCUACGAGCCGACCGAGCCCGGCCAGGCCGGCCGGGUCAGCCGCCUGCUGCAGAAGUUUGACCAGUGGCCGCGGGGCCGGCGGCGCCGGAGCAGGGACGCAGAGCCCGGCCCGCUAGUUGCGGUGCCAAACUCCCCCGUCAGCCCCCCAGCCCGGCCGGCCCCGCUCCCGGGCUCCGCGGUCAGCACCGCAGCCCCACAGCGGGUCCCGGUCUCCGUGGCCAUCCCUCCAAACCGGCGGGUCCCGGGCUCCCCGGUCAGCGCCGCCGUCCCCCGGCCACUCCCGCUCCCGGGGUCCCCGGUCAGCCCUGUUGCCCCCAGGCCGGUCCCAGUCCUCCCAGCCAGCCCUCCAAACCGGCGGGCCCCCGGCUCCCCAGUCAGCCCUGUUGCCCCCCGGCCGGUCCCGGUCAGCCCUGCUGCCCCCCGGCCAGCCCCAGUCCUCCCAGCCAGCCCUCCAAACCGGCAGGCCCCGGGCUCCCCAGUCAGCCCUGUUGCCCCCCAGCCGGUCCCGGGCUUCCUGCACAAGAUCGGCUCCAACUCCUUCACUGUCACUCCCCUGGGUCUCCGUCCAGGCAGCUGUGCCCCACUCACCAACGGCCCCGUGGAGCACAGUGCCGGCCCAGGGGGCAGGAGCCCCUGCGUUAAGGCGCCUCCGGAGCCAUCGCCAAGCGUUUCCCUUGCCAGAGACAACAUAAGGCCAAAGCCGGAGAGGAGCGAAGAGAUCCAGCCAUCCCAAUCCAGUGCCACCCCCACCCCUCUCCAGCCGCUCUCUGCGUCUGCCCUCAGGGACGGGGGCUCCUUUGAGAUCUGCCCAGCCCCCAAGCCAGACCUGGCCACCAUCCCUGCCCAUGAUCUCCAAGCUCAGGCACUGGCCAAUCUGCGCCUGAACUCCCGGAACUCCUUCCUCUUUGUGCCCCACCACGGCCGGGGGCAGCGUCUGACGGAGUCCGCAGGGGCCAUGUCCCCCUCGAAGCCUCAGCGUGAGCAGCAGGGGGAGCCCAUAACCCCCCCACAGGCCCCUCAAAAGCUCUUGGUGCCUGUGACUUACAUUGAUGAUGAUAUUGUGGAGCUGGACACUGGGGGCCUGCCCCAGGAGAUGGACCCAGCUGCAGGACUGAAGGACUCAGAGCAGCCCCAAGAAGCUACCUCAGACCUGAGAAUGGAGACUUCUGCUAUACCCCUGUACAUACCCCACCCUGCCUCCUCCGCCUUCCAGCAGAGAGGCGGCAAUACGUUCACCGUAGUGCCCAAAAGGAAGCCACCCAGCUCUGGGGUGGAGGUCGACAGUGGAGCCAGCAAAGCCCAGCAAUCGGAAGAGGAAGACAAUGAGGAAAGCAGAAGCAAGGGCAAAACCUUGGGGAGCCCUGGUGCGCCCCAGCUGGAUCUUGGGCCACUGCUUAAAAAGCGCUACCCCACUGUGAAUGAGAUCGAGGUGAUCGGCGGCUACCUGUCCCUGGAGAGGUCCUGCAUGAGCAAGAUGGGCUCUCGCCGCAAAAAGAUGAAGAUCUCUUUCAAUGAGACAAGUCUGCAGACCACGUUCGAGUACCCUUCUGAGAGCUCGCUGGUGGAGGAGGAAGAGUCUUCUUCAGAAGCGGAGGACGAUGAGGAGGACAAGCCCUCUUCCCUGUUCAUUCCACGCCCGACCUGCACCAUGCACACCAACGUGCCCAGCUCAGGUUUCUCCAGCUACACUCCAAAGCACGCCGUGGAGUUCAGCAGGUGGCAGGAGCAGGAAUACGAGGAGCAGCCUGCCAGUGCUGCCGGGCCCCCCCUGAAAGAGGCCAAUGCCCCAGGGAACCAGGUCACGCUUACCCCGGCCGAUCAGAGUGGCCUCUCCGACUUCAGCAGUGAGCCUGCCCUGUACUUCUGACUCCUGGGCCAUGCCACCUGCAGCACUCCUGCCCAGCAGGGAACCUGGCAGCUUUCCCUGUGUUCUGUUCUCAAUGUCCUCGGAUGCACUUCGUGGGAUGGAGACUUUCUGAAGCACCACAGAAAUGGGCUGCUGGCCCCAGCCACUCCACUUUGUCACGGGCCCUGCUGCCUGAGGGGGACUAGAUGCCACUGGGUAUUUUGGGAGAAUAUUUGCACUGGAUUCUGGGGGACACCUGCUAGUUCCAAGGUAGCUGACAUGUUCUGCCUGUGGCCUUACACAUUCCUUCUUCAAGAGCAGCUGCCAAUAGACUUCUGCGAAUGACUUAAUGAGAGCAAGUCUCUAGCCCCUUGGUACACCCAGAGUGGGCUCUAGAAAGGCUUGGAGACUCUCUUCUCAGUGGGGAAGCUCUGGUUGAAAGUCUCUGCUGUGUGAGCACCUGAGGCAUCUCCGGGGUUGUCUGUGAAUCAGGUUAGCAGUUGGACCCAGGAAAGCAGCUGUGGUCUGGGAGCUGCGUUGCAACAGGAGCCACUGCUGCCACUUUGGUGUUCAGCUUGGAGGCCGCUGGAGAUGAAUAGCGAAGUCCCAGCCCAAGCAUAUUUCUGGGCCUGAUAUGCAGCUGUUGUGGAGCCCGGUGAGUCGGCCUGGUUGGCUGAAAGCAGGGUACGCACAUGGGGGGUGAAGCGUGGUAGGAGAAUGGGCAAAUUGUUCUCUGCUGCAGAUCAGUAGGAGAAUGAUCAAUAAAAGCUGGAGUGUCCCCAGCCUACAAUGCUGGUUCGCUCCCUGUGGGCAGCUGAACCUGCAUGACUUGGCCCCUUGAAAGAGUUCCCAAGCACUGGCGAUAGCUUUGAUCUUCCCUCACUCAGCUGUUGGUGUCUCAGCUCUAAGCACUGUGACUCCUGCUGUGAUUUGCCUGUUCUCCACCUGGCUGUGGUUGGCUUCUGACCCCAAGUGCCAACGGCUGGGCCCAAGCCAUGUCCAGUGCCUGUGCUCCUGGCCCCGGAGCAGGCCGCAGAAUUGAGAACUGCCCUGUUAAACCUGCACCUGGCCUUUCUCAUGCUUCUGUUCCAAAGUGCAAAAGGGCCAUUUCUCUGCUUUCUUCCACAGGGGCCUGAACAAGAAAUAUGCUGUUCUCUGUGGGGUUUCUAUAAUUCGCCUUCACUAAUUGGUAAUGCAAGCCAAUAUGCAAUGCCGUCUGCUAGGCUCUGUCACUGCUGGUGGACACAUCUCUAGUACUGUAGACUCAAGGUCAGAAUAGUGCGCUCUGUAAAAGACCAAUGUUCGUGAACUGAACAUUGCUGCUAAUGUGACUUGUACUCCUGGGAUUAAAGGAAAUGUGGCCAGCAUAGAGUUGGCCUCUUUGGGCAUUGUGGAUGGGAUGGGCAUUGUGGAUGACCACCACCUCCUCCAAAGGACCAAGCUCGUGUCGUUCUGAUUUAAAUCUACUGAUGUAUUUGUUCGUUUGUCUGACGGUGUCCAAUCAAGUUGUCUGUGAUUGUGUCUGAAUGGAGAAUCUUUUGUAUACCUUGCACUUACCUUGAUAAUAGCAUAUACAAAGCAGAAGGGGAGGGUGUGUCUAUGUACCCUCUGGCAUUCAUGACCUAACUGGGAACUGCUUCUUCUGAAAACUCAACUGCUCCACUGACACUUUGCCAGGUUUGCUGGAGGAGCCCAGUACCCCCCCCCCCCAGCCCCCUUUGUGCCCUUGUAACACUUUGUGCUUCCAAAUCGGAUGAAAGGACCCAUGUGACUCCCACGUGUGUUGUUGCCUGGUGAUUUGUAGUACUUUGGAAUUACAGAAAUUCAGAAGAACUUUCUUGGUGGUUUGAUAAAUGGGAUCCAAUAAAUAUCAUGGCAGUGA